AUGCAAAGACUGGAGCAAUACUACUUGGAUUAUAUCGCAGUAGUAACUCCAUCGGAAUUGCCCACAUUAGAACGACUGAUGACAACAAAUUCGACACUCCAUUUACAGCCUGUCAUCAUCGAUCAGUUUUUUAAAGUCUUUGAACAAGGCGAUUUACUCCGCCAACCAUUUGCGAGUGUUGUCUUUCAAGCGAUGUGUAUUGUAGUCGACGAGUUCUUCCAGACAACAAAACAUCGAUUUGAACGGGAAUCCUUUUGUGUGGUGUUUUGGAAGUACUACGCCGAAUUAAUGAACAACAACAUUGUAGUCGACACCGACGACAGUGAAGAGUCAAUUGAUACAAAUAACACUAUGGUACUCCAAUACAUGUAUAACUUGGCUAUGGUUCUUUGCCCAGCAGUGACCCUUCCAAUCACCUCAGACUUCUUUGUGAUGAAUUUCAAAGAGAGUGAGAUAUCACUGAAACUCUUACCGAUCCUCAGAGCAGUCACAAAAAGUCUCCAAACAAAAAUGGUGUUAAAAGUUGCGUUAAGUGGCAACAUGAAAAACGUCAUUGAGAACACUGUAAGGACUUUAGCAGAUACCAAACCAAGUUUGGGGUGUUACAGAGUGCUUGAGGAAUACAUCAAGACUGUCUUCAGUGUCUGUAACCUUGCACCUAAAGUCAUCAACGUCUUUUCAAACGCUCUGCUCUUCGAGGCAAUCACCACUUUUUUAAUGAAGAAAGUGGUCGAGACAAAGGAAAUAGGUGAACUCACCAUUUCCAUCAUAAACACAUUGCAAGCUCUCUCGUUCAUAGGUGAUGGGAUUGUCGCAGAGGGUACAAAGGACGUCCAGAAAAUGUCGAACAACCCGAUCGUUAAGAACGUGAGUACCCCCUCAUGUUUGAUGAAGUUGCUUGAGAAUCAAAGAACAACACAACCGGCCUUAGAAGCACUCAAAGUCGUCUUAUUUAACAAUCCGUACAACUUCCUCUUUCUCCCAACAUACAUUGAAACGAUGUGUCUGAUGCUCCCAAACUUCGAUGAAAAGUGUGUAGCGAGUGUCUUAGAAAUGGUCGAAUAUUUGAUGUGUUCUGUGGAGUACGACACGAAGAGAGUCCUCAAUGUCUUACGCACUUUGGUCAACUCCACAAAUAUGAAAGAAAGUAGUGUGAUGGUUCCUCUCGUCGACUUCAUCUUGCGAGUCAUUGGAAGUCAUCGAGGAAAGUUACAAGAGGCUUUUGGGCUCUUUGUAGGUCCCAUGAUCGAUGUUAUCAUCUGCUCCAGUAAAUCUGCACAAAACACAAGUGAAUAUGUCGUCGAGCACAUGAGCAAGUGUAUAUGUGCGAUCAUCUCUGGAUGUCGAGAGAACACUUCUUUGUUUACAGAGGAAAGUAGUCGGAUUCGACUAGUCUCGAAUAUCUAUAUGAGUGUGGUUUGGCUGAGGAAGUACAUCACUGAUUUUUUAGUCGAAAUUCUACCUAUCAUCCCCGCAGAUCAAUGUGCACUGAUCACUUCAUUAUUCAUUGGAGACUUGUGGUGUGACAUCGACCCAUUAAGUCGAAUAGAGUCUGCUUCUCGAAUAGUCUCCGUCUCUCCCGUUGUACAAGAGACUUUUGGUGUCUGCGAAUGCUUUCAGAUACUCGGGAAAUACAUCCAUGAGUGGGGAUACGACAAAUCACUGCAAAAUGUUCGCGAGAAGACCAUCUCUGAACGUGUUAAAAUAGUGAUGUCAUGUGUGAAUAUGUACGUCGCAGCAUUAGAUGGGUCGGUCGCAAAUAGACAACGCCUUCAUGAAGAAGUGUCAGUUGGAUUGAUCGAUACCUUUCUCUCAUACUUUCCACUGAACCACGAAGACAGUUUAAAACUGGGGUCUUGCAUCAUCGCGUUGAUCUGUGAGAGAAGUGUCGAGACAUGCAAAGAUGUUUUUACUCGGGAAAUCAGUGUUCAAGCGGUCAACACGUAUUUACUCCCGACCGUCAUCAGAUACUCCAAAAGACUCGACGAGUCCGAGUGGAAAUUUUUGCUCAGAAACAUCUACAUAUUCAUGUCUUCUGUGUCUUCCCUCCACGAUGCGUUUAUAAUGGGCAUUGUAGACAUCCUUACCACAAGCUAUUCCUGUGAUUCUGAAGUUAUGGAUUUGGUCACUCUAAUAGGGAAAUACAGUAUAAAGCCGUCGACAUUGAAACGGAUAUUGAAGAAGCUUGGGAACAAAAGUGACCAAGACGAGAAGAUCUAUGAAAGUCUCCAAAUCAUAUCGACGGGAGAGAACGUCGGCGGUGUCACCAUUGACACUAAAGAGGGUCUUUCAUAUAUUAAGAAGUCGGUAUGGAUUGACGGCAAUGAGGUGAGCAUCAUUGGAUGGUUCAAAGUGAGUCUUGGCGAUUACAAGAUCCUUGCCAUCAAGCGCAAUUUGUUUGGUAAUUCAGUCGACAAAGAGACGGUAAUCGAGCUUAAGAUGAGAAAUGGGAAGCUUGAAGUGAAUUACGAGGGGCAGUGCGUGAUGUCGAAACGAGUCGAGUACGACACGUGGCACCAUCUUGGUGUUGUGAUGAAUGACUUUUUGACUCUAUACAUCGAUGGUACUUCCGAGCUGAGACGCACACGAAAUGUCAUUAUCUUAGAAGGCAACAGUGAAGUGAUAGUUGGGCAUGAAGGGUCACCAACACAUCGGUAUGUUUAUAGUGUUGGUGACAUUAUGAUAGUCAACGGUAACAUAGAAACAUUGAUUCCCGAAAUAGUGAAGAGGGGUAUAAAUUAUAGAGGAAGAUUCUGUAGUGAGAGUGAGAUAUAUAUAGACCCGACGAGUGUGGUGUAUUCACUGAAUGACAUCAUGUCUGAGUGUAGUCGAAGUGAUGUCACUAUAGAAGGCAUUGUCAAUCAAACUUCUCCAAUGCCAUUUUCUAUGAGUAUUAAUAUGCUUGGAGGGGUCGCUUUAUUACUGUAUUUGGUCGAGUACUCGAAGACACAGAAAGCACUUGAAAACAGUCUCAAAAUUCUGUUGAACACCAUUUUGACGUCGAAGGAAAUACAAGAGCAAAUCAUAAGUAAAAAGGUGAUCAGUGUGUUGGGGUGUGUUUUACUUGAAAAGCGAGAACUCCUCAAUGUCGUAAUUGUCGAUGAAUUUCUCGACUUUGUGACACACAAUAACACCAAAUUACGACUGGGGGAAAUAGCACAGUCGAUAGUUCAGUUCAUUUUACUUAACUUUGAUAUCUUGAAGGGGAACGUUGCUCUGUUAAUCCACAUCUUUUCUGUGGUAAAGAUCGAAAUCAAAAAGACGAGUUUGAAGCAGAAAAGUUGUUUUGUGAACUUAUUUAUUAAAGGAGGGAUUGUGGGUAAAUUAAUGGCACUCUUCAUCGAUGACAAAGUCGGCAACGAAGUCAUCGAAGAGUCAACUUGGCUGUUAGAAGAAAUUUUGGGCUUAGACGCUUCGUAUGAAAAACUGAACGACUUGGCUUCCUUUUUAAUGUACUUUUUGAGAGUCUUUGAUGAGUCGAAUAAAGUACUUGACUUUCUUCGACAGAGUGAUGAUGGGAGUAAAGGAGAAUGUUAUACAAAGCAUGAGGAGAGUCCAUUAGGAAAAGGUGAAGAAACAACAUUGAUAACUGGGGGUGUAGAAAUUAUGCAAAUCAACGACUAUGUCAGUGAAGAAAACACGAAGGAAAUUUUGAAGGACAACUUGACUCCUCAAAAGUCACCAACACAACUACAAGAGGAAAGUGCUCAAAAGAAAUUUACGACUCUAACAGCACCACAAAGCCCUAUUAACCCUCUUGAAUUAACAGAAGAAGACUUUAAGUCACCACAACUGUUGGAUUUGGAAAACACUUCUGUGUCGCCAGAAACAAGAAACUACUUGUUUUGUGUCCACCGAUGUUCUAAAGUCCUUUCCCUCUUAGACGCUAUUACUAUUUCCAAGGGAAACAUUCUGAACAUCACGUCAGACUUCUUGUGCAAAUUUCUGUCACUUCCAAGACUCCCUUUGCCUCUCUUCUCUGCUCUGUUACAUCUGACCGCAACACUCUCAUUCACAUCACAGAGCUUUUGUGCAGAGUUUUCUAAUAAGGCGGAUGUCCUCAAAAGACACUCCCGUAUCUUCUUGAAAAGGAAAGACGCGAUAGACUCUGUGCUGUCGUUGUUACUUCACAUCCCACCAGCGGGCAAAAACCAUAUCCAAAUAUCUGAUGAAGACCACCCAAUCCAUUUCUCAGUCACUUUAAAACACUUUUCAGUGUUAAUGUCAAUCAUUCAAGCUUCACUUGUCUCUGAAAUUAAACAAAGCGAAUAUGACAAUGUGAUAUACACCGUCUCUAUGUUGUCUAUAGUCUUACAUCAAUACCAGACGCUGCGAAGUGCAAUCUUAGACUCCGACGAGGCGGUAGAAAGUUUAUUGAAGUGUGUAGUACUUCCGAAUGGGGACUUUGUAGGCAAGAACGUCAUGAAACAAGAACAAAGAGACGUGCUCCGUGAUAUGAUUAAGACCAUUGGAUACUUCAUUUCAAUGUCGAUUAAAGAAGGUGGCGACUUCCGCAAAGUCUUUAUAGAUUCUGCGAAUAUCCAAAGUAGUGGCGACUUACUCCGGGAGCUCUUCACUGUCACGGCACUUAAGUUACAGUCGUUAGUUAACAAGUUAGGGAAGGAGAAAGUGUCUCUCUGUUACAUCGAGUACUGCACGUUCUUGAUGGAUGUGAUGCUCUGUGGCAAUUGGGGAGUCGACAUUUCUUUUGUCGAACGAAGUAUCACUAUAUUGAGUGGAGUCUAUGUCGAGCGCAAAGAGUAUCAAAGUAAAGACAAUGACUUAAUGUGGGUGCAAGUAAUGGAUCGCUUCAGAAUACUUCUGUUAAGUUCUACAGAAGACAAGAAUUUAGUGUCGGUCAUCCACCAUCUGCACAGUCAAAAUUACUUCAGCAAAAAGACUCAAAGUGAGACGUGCGUGUCGUCGAUCUUUGGAAUUUUGUUGAUGAAGUAUCGGGGGUGUCGGGAUAAAGCACUUCGAGAGACAUACAUUGUCAUCAUUAAAAUAGUUGUGAUGGAAUACACCGACAUUUUAAUGAAACUAUUACCGAGCGGAGAGUUGAGGAAAAGCUUCAAAAAGAUGUUACAACAAAGCACUGAGGAGAUCGACGAGUUCUUUAAUAAAUACGACCAAGACAUUCAAAGCGUUAUCGACACGUUUUGGAGGGAUCUGAGGAUGUUCCGCAUUCAACAAGAAGCUCGCAUGAAUGAAGUUCUGACUCGUGUGAAGCGUCGCAAUAAAGAGAAGAAGGAUCGAGACGAACGGCAAGAGAAUUUGGAGAAGAAGAGCGAAAUAGUUCGACGUCGAGAGAGAGCAAUUACUGUGUAUUUGAGCGAACAAAAAGACGAGAAAGCACAAGAGGAAAUUGACAAAGGCGAAAUUCAAAUGAGGAAAAGGACCAUCGAAAAGUUUGUUAAAAUGCCCGGCGGAGUCUUUGAAGAAGAAGUUAAGAGGUAUUGUGUCAGUGACAGGUUCAAUGCGAUGUUCAUGCGCAACGAAAUCGUGGUCGACUACAAUUACACGACAAAGUACACCACAAAAAGGACUGAUUUUGGUGAGGAAAUAACAAUUCAAGAACAAACACGAAUUGGAAGGGAUGACAAAAUUACUCUUCGUGGCGAAGACAUGUUUGAGAGUAAACGAAUUGAUGGCGUCGAUGAGAUACCAAGUGUCGUGUACAUCACAAACGACUUAAUAAAAGUGUUAGGAUUAGUGCCGAAAAAGGGGUGUGUUGAGGAAUACAAAUUGACGGACAUUUUAAUGAUCUUAAAGCGAAGAUAUUUGCUGGAGAACAAAGGCGUUGAAAUUGUGAUGAAGGAUGGGCGGUGUGUGUUACUAGCGUUUGAGAAGAACUAUGACAAAUUCCUCAAAAGUCUCUAUAAAGUUCAUUUGAUAUCUCUUGAGCAAUACAUUUCAGACCAAAUAUCGACUCGAGUCGUCAUCCAACACCAAAACACACAAAUUCUGCUGAAUGACAAUAAAGAAGAACAAACAGAAGCGAAAGACACACUUGAAGAUGAAAAGCAGCCACUCCAACAAGUCAAAAUAGUGAAGAUUAAAGAGAUGGAGACGACAGAUAUACAACAAAUGUGGAGAUGUGGAGUGAUAUCAAACUUUGAGUAUUUGAUGUACCUUAAUGUGAAGAGUGGAAGAAGUGGACUCGACGUUUCACAGUACCCCGUGUUCCCUUGGGUCAUUAAAGAUAACAAAAGCCAAUCCAUCGACUUAAGCUCAAAACAGAUAUACAGAGAUCUUGCAUAUCCCGUUGUCGCACAAGACGAAGAGCGCCGCAAGAAGUUGCAACACAAAUUUGCGGAGGUUGGGACGCAUUAUGGGAACCAUUACAGUUCUAUAGCAACGCCUUUAGUCUUUCUGUUUCGAGCUGAGCCAUACACGUACAUGCACAUGAAACUCUUCGAUGGGCAUUUUGACACGGAACGGCUGAUCGGCUCGAUUGGGAAUUUCUAUGACAAUCUCCAGACAACGCCGAUCGAGGCUAUACCGGAGUUCUACUACUUGCCACAAUUCACGAUGAACUUCAAUACCAUUGACUUUGGGAAAAAGAAAGAUAGAAGCACUUUAAAGAACAUGGAGCUUCCGGUGUGGUCUAAAAAUGACGCGAGAGAGUAUAUUCGAAUUAAUAUUAUGGCACUUGAGUCACCAUAUUGUAGCGAACAUCUGUGCGAAUGGAUAGACUUGAUCUUUGGUUCAAAGCAACGAGGAAAGGCUGCAGAGGAGUUCUGUAAUAUAUUUCCUCCAAGCACUUAUGAAGUGGAUUAUAGUAAAAUGGAUGAAAAAGAGGUCAAAGUAACUAAAGAGCGUGUGAAGAAUUUUGGCGUCUGUCCACUUCAGUUGUUCACUAAGAACCACCCGAAGCGCGACGUAGAGAGAAGUGUCUAUUACAGUGGGAUAUUUGGUAAAGAAGCGAUGUAUACAAUUGACGUUGAAAAGAAAGUCGGUUACAAUGUUGGGAACAUGCGGUUAGUUAAUUCAGAAGUCUUAACAAGUCGGUGGGACGAACUUGUGUUGAGUGAAUUUACUGCGCGAGUUUUGAAGGGUGGAGUACUUCGUCUUGAAGAGCAACAGAAGGUGAGAUAUUACGACGAACUGAGUAUAGGGAAUAUCGUGGUGAGCGACGCACGAAUAGUAGUAGUUGGAGGAGAAGGUGGUGAGUUAAGUGUAGUGAAAAGAGAGACAAAUGAGACGGGAAGAUUACUUGGACAUGACAGUGAUGUGAGUGUCUGUGUAAUAGGGCGAAUGAGUAAAAUAAUAGUGACUGGGGAUGUCAAUGGGAAUUGGUGUAUUUAUGAUAGUUGGACGUUGUUAUGUCUCCAUAAAGCACAAGAAGGGGAAGGAAUUGUUUCUAUAUCAAUAGACGACCAAAUAGGCGACUUUGUUAUUGCGACGCGGAACACUGUGAUUCAUUACGAUAUUAAUGGAGACCAAAUUGGAGAAUCAAUUUGUUUGAGUGGAGUAACGUCUGUAGUCAUCACACAAAGUCCCAUUUGGACGGAUGAUAUUUUCUGUGCUGUUGGUACAUCAAGUGGAGAAAUCUCACUGUGGAAAUUGGCAGUGUCUAAUGUUCGAAAGAAUAUACUCAUUGGGACUAUCCCCGUGUUUCCAGCACCUAUUAAACAAAUCAUUUUAGAAACAACGAACUCUGCGUUGCAUGUUGCGACAUAUAACAAUGUCAUUCUGUGUAUUCAUUGA